AUGGAUAUGGACGUGCCUGAAUUUUACAAGAACCUGUUCAGUGAACGGUCUCUCUGUCUUGGUCACGAGGACUGUGCCUUCGUGAUGACAAUGGACUCACUGGCUCGACUCACUAAUCCAGACACACUGAAGCACUUGGUUCGAAUGAAUCGCAACGUCAUCGCACCAAUGCUAACAAGAAUCGGCAAACUCUGGUCAAAUUUCUGGGGCGAUCUCAAUAAUAAUGAAUACUAUGCUCAAUCAUCCGACUAUGUUGACAUCGUUAAUUACAAGCAGACAGGUAUUUGGAAUGUGCCAUUCUUGAGCAACUGCUACAUGUUCUCCAGAUGGGCCGCUCGCCAAUUAGUAAACCACCUCCCUAAGGAGGAUCCUUUUGCUGAUAUGGCAAUCUCCAGACUAAUUCGAGAAAAGAAUAUUUUCCUCUUUGUUGACAACCAAGAAUCCUUUGGUCACUUGGUCAAUCCCGAUACCUACAAAUUGUUACAUCUUCAUAACGACCUCUGGCAAAUCUUUGACAAUCCUAGGGACUGGGAGCAGAAGUACAUUCACCCUGACUACUUCAAGUGCACCAAUUAUACAUUGGCCGAAUUUGAACAGCCCUGUCCCGAUGUAUUCUGGUUUCCACUGCUUUCAGAACGCUUCUGUAAGGACAUUAUUGAAGAGUUGGAAGUGGCCGCACAGUGGUCAACUGGGAGCAAUAUUGAUCCCCGUUUAGAAGGUGGUUACGAGAAUGUACCUACCAUCGAUACCCACAUGAGACAAAUUGACUGGGAACCACACUGGAUGCGUGUAUUGGAGAAAUACGUCCGUCCAAUUCAGAAGAUUGUGUUUGAGGGAUAUGAUGAAGCUCCGACUGCAAGAAUGAACUUUGUGGUUCGUUAUAAACCGGAUGAGCAACACAGUUUGCGUCCACAUCAUGAUGCUUCUACAUACACUCUUAAUAUCGCAUUGAACCGUCCGGGCUAUGACUAUCAGGGUGGUGGUGCACGUUUCUUGCGUUACAACUGCUCUGUUGUCAAAUCACGACAAGGUUGGAGUCUUAUCCAUCCAGGCCGCCUGACACAUAUUCACGAGGGUCUCAGAACAACUCACGGUAUUCGAUAUAUCUUUGUCACCUUCGUCAAUCCAUAG